AUGUUGGACACAUUCGAGAUCCUGACCACCUCAGGGGUGGUCCUCUGGUCAAGGACGUAUGCGCCGGUCAACCCCUCCGUCAUCAACAACUUCAUUUCCGAUGUCUUCAUUGAGGAGAAGGCAGGUGCUGCUUCGAGCCAGUCUGCCGCCAGCAACCCACCGUACAAACGCGAUCAACACACCCUGCGAUAUACCUUUGUUAAGGAACUAGGUGUCAUCUUUGUGGCCGUUUACAGAUCGCUCCUCCACCUCUCAUGGAUUGAUAAGCUGGUUGACAACAUCAAGACGAUCUUCGUCGACCUCUACGGCGAGCAGCUGACGAAGCCCCAUACGACUCUGGUCGAGUGUCACAAGUUCGACGAGUACUUCGACCAACAGAUGCGCGAGCUUGAGACGACGGGAUCCAAGGGCGAGUCCAACAUCUCGGACGCAGACUUCGCGAAAGAGGAGAACACAUUGUCUGGUAACCUGGGGGAUGACCCUCCGCUUCCCCCGGGUCUCCAUUACAGGGGUCGCGGUAUCAACGGCGCAAACGGUGCAAACGGCGGCGCUUCCACGAACGAAUCGACCCCUAUCGUCACGCCAAACACCUCGCGACCCUCGACCCCCGGUGUGGUAGUCGGCAAGGCCGGCCCCGUCGCAAAGAUGUCCCGUCGAGCCCGGAAGGCGCAAAAUCCAGGGGCUGUGCUCUCCUCAGGCGACGAGGCCCGACCCAGACCCGCGACUCGAUCCUCGACGAAGAAGGGCCGUAAGUGGGAUGCCGAUGGCAUGGCGGAUGAAGAGGACGAUGUCCAGCUCGACUACUCGGCAGCUCCGAGAUCGGCUACGAGCGACUCCGAGGCCGAGACCACCGCCCGCUCUUCUGCCGUUGAGCACGUGGAUGCCUCUACUUGGGGUAACAAGACAUCAAAGGGGCAAUUUGUUCUCAAGGACCUCGACGAUGAAGUUCACAACAUCCUCGCGACCGCGCAGUCAAAGACCGAUUCGAAGACCGAGGCCUCUGGCGGACUUCUCGGCUCCGGGCUGAGCACGAUCGGCGGCCUUUUCCGCAAUGUGGUUGGCGGCAAGACCCUCACCAAGGCCGAUCUCGAGAAGGCGAUGAAGGGUAUGGAGGAGCACCUUCUCAAGAAGAACGUUGCGCGCGAGGCGGCGAUCCGUCUCUGUGAGGGCGUUGAGAAGGAGCUUCUUGGUGCCAAGACCGGCAGCUUCGAGAGUAUUAAUGCGAAGAUCCAGUCCGCCAUGGAGGCAUCACUCACGAAGAUGCUCACCCCGACAUCGUCGCUCGACUUGCUCCGCGAAAUCGAUGCCAUCACCGCACCAUCCGCUACAUCCCUGCGCAAGGCCCGCCCGUAUGUCAUCUCUAUCGUCGGUGUCAACGGUGUUGGCAAGUCCACAAACCUCUCAAAGAUCUGCUUCUUCUUGCUUCAGAACAAGUACAAGGUCCUCAUUGCCGCCGGCGACACUUUCCGUUCUGGUGCUGUUGAGCAACUGGCUGUUCACGUCCGUAACUUGAAGGAACUCACUUCUCGUGAGGGUGGUCGCGUAGAACUGUACCAGAAGGGUUACGGCAAAGACGCCGCCACUGUUGCCCGUGACGCCGUCGCACAUGCCGGACAAGAGGGCUUCGAUGUGGUUCUCAUUGACACUGCCGGCCGCAGACACAACGACCAGCGUCUCAUGUCAUCUCUCGAGAAGUUUGCGAAGUUCGCUCAACCCGACAAGAUUCUCAUGGCCCUCGUUGGAACCGACUCGGUAGCUCAGGCCCGCAACUUCAACGCAGCAUUCGGCUCCGUCCGUACUCUCGACGGCUUCAUCAUCUCCAAGUGCGACACCGUGGGCAACAUGGUUGGCACCCUCGUCAGUCUCGUGCACGCAACCAAUGUCCCCGUGUUGUUCGUGGGAGUUGGCCAGCACUACUCUGACUUGCGUAAUUUCUCUGUGAAAUGGGCUGUUGAGAAGCUCCUCAGCAGUGCUUGA